AUGGCGGAAGAAGAGAAUAGCGGAACCUCCACCCCGCGGUCCUUCACGGGCCAGACCGUCUCCGCGGAGGAGAUGCUUAAGUCGCAAACUGUUGGUCUCGUCCAUCUAUCCGACUUUCGCAAGCGGCGCGCAGAGGUGCUGGAACAAAAAGAGCGCGAGGCGCAUGACAAGUCGCUAGGGCGACUGGCAUCCGGUAACUCAAGAAGCGCAACUCCCUCUACAGGCGAAGUGACUGACGGAUCAACGCCUCCUCAGAGUGACGGCCCCCCAAAGAGAAAGAAGAAGAAGGCUCUCGCCAAAAGCAAACUUUCAUUCGGCGACGAUCAGGAUGAUACUGGGGAGGAAUCUGCCGCAACGCCACGCGAGUCAAGCAUCUCACGGUCCAGUUCGAAAACACCCGCUGAUGAUAGCGCGGCUCGUCGCAUGAAAGCAAACCCGAAUGCACCUCCCCCGCCGAAGGCUUUGACCAAGGCAGCUCUGGAAGCUGAAGCGCAGGCCCGCGACGUUCUCCGCAAAGAGUUCCUUGCCAUGCAGGAAGCCGUCAAGAACACUGAAAUUCUGAUUCCGUUUGUUUUCUAUGAUGGAACGAGUAUACCUGCGGGAUCGGUCAAAGUCAAGAAAGGUGAUCCCAUUUGGUUGUUUUUGGACCGGUGCCGAAAGGUCGGUGCAGAGUUGGGUGUGCGCGGUGCCAAUGGCGCAUCCAAGGCAAAGAAGGACAAUCGUCGAGAGUGGGCACGCGUUAGUGUUGACGACUUGAUGCUUGUCAAGGGCGAUAUCAUCGUUCCACAUCAUUAUGAAUUUUAUUAUUUCAUUGCCAAUCGGGUUCCUAGUCUUUCGCGCGCUGGUGGCUUGUUGUUUGAUUACUCCAACAAGCCUCCAGUUGCCAACCCAAUUGCCAACCCAACAGACGAUCCUCUGUCCCGCUCUAGUGAUGAUCAACUAGAAGGCGCCGACAAAGAUUUCUCAGAGACCAAGGUCGUAGAUCGACGUUGGUACGAGAAGAAUAAGCAUAUAUACCCAGCCAGUCUGUGGCACGACUUCUAUCAGGACUUCCGGGCAAAGACGCUCACGGAGAAGUACGCCAACCUAAACACACAGAUGGACAAAGUCAUCCACAAUGCCAACACGGAGAUAUUAUCUCUUCAGAACAAGCUUUCUGGUAUGCAAUCAGCCCAAGAAGAUCUCCAAAAGAAGAACCAGGAGCUGAAUGAUCUAUACCGAGACAAGAACAACAAGCUCUCUCAAAUGACAAACCUCUACAACCUCCUCAAAGCGCGAGCUAUGCGGUCCCGCAUGCAGACUGCUGCCUCGGAUACAGUAUCCCAAGCCCUAAACUCGCUUCCAUCAUUGAAUGCGCCUCCCUCGGUCUCCAUUGCCCGAUCUGCUAUGUCGCCAACACUUCCCGCGCAGGUAUCGCAACACCUUAAGACUCAAUCGUACCCUGUCGACACUGAAGGAGUGGAGCAGUUGCAUCGGCACCAGCGAAGUGGCACGGGCAGUUCCAAGAGGGCGAGAACAAAGACACCAAACGCCGCUCCCAUGUUACCUCCAGCGAAACCAAACUGGAAUGGGCGCUUUGCCCGAGAACCCGAUCAUAACCCGCAACACCGUACUCGUCUCCCACGUCUUUCCAGGACUCCGACGAUGUUGUCUGAGUUUCCGCCUAGCGAUGCCAUUAUGCAGCGCUUUGGGAACAAUUCGAUUGGCUAUUUGUUCAUUUUUAUCCUCUCGGCCACCUCCUUCCUGCUUGCCAACCCCAAGGAUAGCCAUGACUUCGUCAACGCCAAUGGCACCACGAAAAGCUUCUUCUCUCGUUUAUACGAGGCAAUUCGCAUGAUGAUGCUGACCCGUGCAAUUAAUACACCUCGCCAAGUCAAGAAUGUCCCAGGCCCCCCAGCCUAUUACGCCAAACGCGAUCCUAAGGUAAUUCCUCGAGGUCGCUUCUUGGUUCGCGAAACUUCAAUUGCCGUAUGGCAAUUCCUCGCAUUGAGUAUGUUUGAAACAUUAUCUGCCCAGGAAGCGUCGAAAAAGCCCGCGCCCGUAUCUUUCGAGGUACAGUGGUUUGUCCCAGUGGACCAAUGGGUCGAACGAAUUAUUUCGAAUCUCAUCGGAUGGUUCAUUGUAGCCCGGAUCCUCAUCGAUCUCAAUGCUCGCAUUUGUGCAAUUCUCUGUGUCGGUUUGGGGCUUGAUACUCCUGCAGAUUCUCCGCCCACUUUUGGGACUAUGGCAGAUGCUUAUUCUCUGCGGAAUUUCUGGGGCAAAUUCUGGCAUCAAUUGCUUCGACAGCCUUUCACGUCACUCAGCAAUUUCAUUGCGCGCGAUGUGCUCUGCCUGCCUAGGUCAUCUCUGGUGGAACGAUACACCAAUGUGUUUAUCGUUUUCUUUUUCUCGGGUCUGUUGCAUUUACUUGUCGAUAUUAUGGCAUGUGUUCCAGCCCAGGAGUCUGGGUCCAUGUUCUUCUUCCUCUCUUUUGUUUUGGGCUUCAUGAUCGAGGAUGGUGUCAAGGCGAUGUGGAAAAGUAUGUAUCCUCAAGCCAAGGAGUCCGCCGGCCCGCCUCCGCUUUGGCAAAGAGCCAUUGGAUUUGUCUGGGUAAUGGUUUGGAUUGGGGUUGUGUCUACUGCCUACUUUGUGCCGAUGCAGCGACCAGAAUCUCAGGCGGUGCUGGUACCUUUUAACGUCUCAGAGUGGAUUGGUCUUCCUGCACUGGUGGGAAUUGUAGGCGUUGGUGCUGCUGCUUUGAAAUUUGUUUUCGAGGUUGAGCUGUAA